GAUCAUCAUCCCUACGUAAUAGUACCGAGCGCGUUACCACCCAUCAUGGCUGGCCCUUCCGCACCCAGCAGGCCGUAUGUUUCGAGGGGGCAAGUUCUUCAGAGCCCGCCUUUGACCGUGAGGAUCCAAAACUUCAUUCACUCAAUAUACAUGUUCCUAGGCCUCUACCUUGUCAGUUUAUUCUCGAUGGAUCCCUAUAGGUCCGCCCAAAACUCUAGAUUCAACGCUGUAAGCCCACCAAAGCGAAGCCCACGACCCAUUCCUCAAGGACGGUACGGUGGUAGUGGAGGAGGAGGUGGUGGAGGAGGUGGCGGGCCUGGCGGGCCUGGGGGGCCGUCAAAGCGAAUUGGCAGAGUCGACGACGUUCGAGGUCCCGAGUGUAGGAGUUGCGGGUGAUGAGAAUAAAACUGCUGGUGGUAAUAUGUGGCUGCUUGUCAAUGUGAUAGGCCGAAAAAUCGAUUUUGCCCUUCCCGGAACCAUGAGGGGUGCCUUAAUCUCAUUUGAAUCAUAGGUGAUGGUUUCCAAUGCCGAGUCUAAUAAAUUACAGAUGAACUGGCUUUAACCUAUUGCGAAUAUUUCCCCCUUGUGCUAGCGGGCCCGUAUUAGCGAAGAAUAUUCCAGAGAUUUGGCAGUGUUAUACUUAAGCGAAGUUUUGAGGAAAGGGUUUGAGGGUUGUCCUCCGCAUAGUUUGACCGCGAUGACGUCUAAAGGUCGAUCAGGCCUAACAUAAACCUGUCAUAUAUGACAGGCUCCAUAGGUUAGAGAGUACGGAGUACUGCGAGAGGAAUUGUUUUAUUACGGAUUGAGUCGCAUCCCGACUCCUUGCCUUCAUGAUAAACCCUAAUUAGCUGUGGACGGCAACAGUCCGUU